GAGGCUCCGGGAGUGUGUGCGCGCAGGUAGCGCGCGGCAUGAGAGAGCUACACAUCCCAGUUUUCAAACUUUUCCCCCUCACUCUCCAGUCCUUCCUACUGCCUCGGUGCGUGCUUCUGAAUGAGAGUUUUGUGGUCAAAGCGAACAUCGCGCACGAAGACGCCGACGCUGAUGGAAUAACUCCUGUCGGAUCACUUUUGGACUGAAAUGCGCGUGAGUGUUUGAAUAGAGCUCAUACCUGCCGCGCAGAUCUUCAGGAGGAAUAAUCAUUAAUCACGAGAACGCUCGCGUUGAAUGGGUCUUGAGUACGCUGACCUCAACCUGUCUGGAUGGGAUGCACCGUGAGCUUCAUCUGCUGUGAAGACGAUUUUCUGCUGAUGCCUUUGGAUCAGCAUGUGGAGAAAAAGAAAGAGGAAAAGAGGCUCUUAUCAAAGCCUGAUGAAUUUGAAGCCGUCCACUCCCACACCUUCCGGCUGAAGACGUUCAAGAAGGGGAAGCACUGCGGCGUGUGCAAGCAGACUGUAAACAAUGAGGGGCUCAUCUGCAGAGGUAUCAUCCUCCUGCGUUCCUGUUGCCAACUAUGAACUGGCCCCCAGCAAUGACCUCCCACUGAAACAUAUAGAGACAACAGGCUCAACCAAAUCCUCCAAGAGCAUGGAGUCUCGACACAGACCAUCCAGGAGCUUGAGUCUGAUCCAGGACAUGGGGGAAAACUAUGAGGUGGACCUGGUGUACAUCACAGAGCGCAUCAUUUCUGUGAGCUUCCCCAGUAAUGUAGAAGAGCUGAGCUACAGCGCUAACAUAAAGGAGGUCGCCACCAUGCUACGCUCCAAACAUGGUGACAACUACUUGCUCUUCAACCUCAGUGAAAAGCGAUGUGAUAUCUCCAAGCUGAAUCCAAAAGUGCUGGAUUUUGGCUGGCCGGACCAUCACGCUCCAGCCCUGGAUAAGAUCUGUAGCAUCUGCAAAGCCAUGGACACUUGGAUGAACGCUGACAGUCACAAUGUGGUGGUCUUACACAAUAAGGGAAACCGAGGUCGAACAGGGGUAGUUGUGGCUGCGUACAUGCAUUACAGCAACAUAUCAGCGAGUGCAGACCAGGCCCUGGACAGGUUUGCCAUGAAGCGAUUUUAUGAAGAUAAAGUGCUUCCUGUGGGUCAGCCCUCCCAGAGAAGGUAUGUGCAGUACUUCAGCGGUCUGCUCUCCGGCCAUAUCAAGAUCAACAACAAGCCCCUGUUUCUGCACCACGUCAUCAUGCACGGCAUCCCAAACUUCGAGGCCAAAGGAGGUUGCCGCCCUUUCCUCAAGAUCUACCAGGCUAUGCAGCCCGUCUACACAUCUGGGAUCUAUAAUGUUCAAGGAGACAGUCAAACCAGUAUCUGCAUCACCAUUGAACCCGGCCUGCUUCUGAAAGGAGACAUUCUGCUCAAGUGUUAUCACAAACGCUUCCGGAGCCCGUCCCGUGAUGUCAUCUUCAGAGUGCAGUUCCACACCUGUGCUGUUCAUGAUCUGGGCAUCGUCUUCGGCAAAGAUGAGCUUGAUGAAACAUUUAAAGAUGACAGAUUUCCUGAAUAUGGAAAAGUGGAAUUUGUCUUUUCUUUUGGCCCAGAAAAAAUCCAAGGAAUGGACCACCUUGAGAACGGCCCCAGUGUUUCUGUGGACUACAAUACCCAAGAUCCUCUGAUUCGCUGGGAUUCUUACGAGAACUUCAACCAGCACUGUGAAGAUUCAGUGGAGGACGUUAUUCAUACACAAGGUCCAUUGGAUGGUAGUCUCUAUGCUAAGGUUCGGAAGAAAGAGUCUCUUGAGGGAGGGGUCACAACCAAUGGUCUCCAAGACACUGUCGAUCACACUUUACCUGCUGUAGACCACUCUCUACCACCAGUCGAUCACGCCUUGUCUGUAAGCAGUGACUCGGGCAACUCCACUGCUUCUAUCAAAACCGACCGCACGGAUGAAGCCAGCCAUCACCCGGCCUUGGUGAGUCAGCCGUCCUCCCAGCCCCUCAGCCCAGAGGAAAAACAGGAGCUGGACCAGUUGCUCAGUGGUUUGGAAGCACCAAUGCAUCGCACAGGUUACCAAAGCAGCUCUGGCGGCGGAGGCAGUGGAGUCCUACACCUCGUCCCUGCCCAGGUUCAUGUCAAUGGACACAACAACAUAGACCGUGAGACAGAUAUCCUUGAUGAUGACCUGCCCAACAGUCAGGAAGGGAACAGUGUGGACAGUCUCGGAACCAUCUCGUCUUUUGAGGGCAGAGCCACUCCAGCAGAUCUAUACUACCAGUCAGAGACAGUCAUCAAUGGACAAGAUGCACAAGAUGACUUGGAGAAGGGUGUCCAUGAGAAAAUGCCAGAGCCCAAAGUCCAAAGCUCGUCUGUUCAAGAGCACUUAGGCUCCUCUAGUGGCUUCGCCAACCAGAAUGGCAACAUCUACCGAUCUCAAUCAUUUGGGACAACCCCAACCACAGAGCAGAAGUACAUGCCCAAAGCUCCCACACGCACGGUUAGCAGUAGGGAUGCAGUGCAGAGGGGACUGAAUGUCUGGCAACAAUAUGGUGUUCCUGAGGUCCCAGUCACAGAUGGGGUCACCUUUAACCCUGUACUACAGUCCCACAGCCUUCCAGAGUUUCCUCACAUGGCAUCUCAGCAAGAAAUUGAGCAGUCGAUUGAAGCACUCAACAUGCUGAUGCUGGACCUUGACCCAGAACUUACUCAAGUCCCCAAGUCCCAUAGUGCCCCAUCUGGAGAAGGUGGAGUGGUCACCACCCAACCAUCAAACCCAUUCUCUGAAACCCAAGCACGGCCGUCCUACCAAGCUGAUGCAGCCAUUCAUGGCCAUGGUGGAGUCUCUUGGGGGGGAUACCCUAUGACCUUUCAACAGGUAGCCGCAGAGCCUCCACAACCCACCAUGAACCAGCAGAGACCCACAGCCAUAUCCCAGCAUGCUGCAUUCCCUUCUGAGGCAGAAGGUCAGGCUCCGAUGUCCCAGUCCACAGUACCUUCCUCCGCCUUUGGAGUUCUCCAUUUGAAACCCCUUAACAUUUACCCCUCAAGUACCACAUCCCAGUCCCCUGAGCCCCAGGAGAGUCAUCAUAGCUAUUCUGCCUCCUCAUCCCCUCUGCCUAAAGAGUCUGGACCGGAAGAUGCCAUCUACAAAUUGGAUGGUCUUGUGGCUCACCGUGUAGCUGGUGAAAUGUCACCUGAUGAGACUUCAGUUCCUGGACGGUGCCGGACCAUCAGUGAGGACCUUUCCCAAGAUGAGAGCCCAACCCGAGGAAGCUCGGUCCGCUCCCCCAUCCGCUGCAUUUCUCCCGAGCUGGCCAAUACUAUUGCUAUGAACCCUGGGGGGCGGCCCAAGGAGAGACACAUGCACAGCUACAGAGAAGCGUUUGAGGAAAUGGACGGUGGUCCCGUCAGCCCCCCUCCAAUCACUGGUGGUGAGGCCCUACCCCAAACCCCUGCCUUCCCUGUCUCGCCACAAACCCCUUACUUCAACCUGAGUCGAUCUCCACCAGGACUGGCUAAAACACCACUGUCCUUCCUGGGCUUGAAGCCCCACAACCCUGCUGAGAUACUGCUCAACCAGAAAGGCUCAGAGCCUCGUAGCUAUGUGGAGUCUGUGGCCAAAGCAGCUGCAGGUGGGCCACCAGCGUCCCCUGUGUCUCCAACAUAUGACAGCAACAGCUUAGCACGUCCUGUCGGGCCAUCCCAUACCUACAACGCUCCUCUUUCCUCUAGCAGCCCCAUUCAGAGCCCAGAUGCAGUUGAAAGCUCAUUGACUGAUAGCGGGGUUGGGUUGAAUUCUCUGUCCCAGGCUGCUGUCGACUCUAUUCUUCACUCCCAGCCCUCCGAAAGCACAUACCAUACACCCACACCCUCUUACCCCAGCUCCAGCAGCAUGUUGGGUGGCUUCAUCACCCCUGAUAUCAGCCCCUCUCUGCCAGAGACCAUGGAAAAUAAUGCCACCACCAUCCAGCCACUCGCCGGAAGCCCUGGCACAAGACACCAAGCCAUUCUGGAUGACGUGAUGUCUGCUCCCUGUCUCCAGCACAGAUUACCUAAUCAGGACGGCCCCGUUCUGGCCCAUCAACCAACCCCGGCCAACGGUCAUAUGCCUGGAAUGGCCGGUAGUCCCAUGCAAGGAAGACACACAAUGGUGUCCCAAGGAACGCAGAGCAGUCCGAUGCUGUCCAGACAGUAUCCCGUCGCCUACGGGACUCAGAGUAGUCCGAUUCUCAGCAGGCAACCUAUGGGACAAGCCGUCCAGAGUAGCCCAAUCCUCAAUCGACAGGCGUCCCUAAAUCAACCAAUCAUUCUGCCUAACCAAAGCAGCCCGGUGUUGAGUAGACAGCCGUCUGUUAGCCAACCCAACCAGGUCAGCCCCGUCCUGAGCAGGCAAUCCUCACUUACACAUCCCGGUCAGGGCAGCCCCAUUCUGGGAUACCACCCAUCCCUAAUGCAGGGUAGCCCCAGUCUGGACAGGCAUCCGAUGUACAGUGGCUACACCACUCCAGAAGAGCGGCAAGGAGCCAUUUCACGGCAGAGCAGCUCCUCUGGAUACCAGCAGCCAUCUACACCUUCUUUCCCAGUCUCUCCGGCUGGAUACAUAGAUGGAGUGGGAUUCAGACAGGGCAGUCCUGGCCCCCAACCUCAGCUCCCAGAAAAGAGACAUAUGUCCGGCAGCGAUCGCUCUAAUGGUGGACUGUCCUACGGAACGCUCAACGGGAAGAUGUCCUCGCCAAUGUCCAGUGGCGGCAGCACUCCAAGCGUUCAUUUCUUCCACACGCUCCCUGAUUUCUCCAAACUCAACAUGUAUGAUGGUAGUCCAGAGACCAAUCUGCACGUGAAGUUUGUCCAGGACACGUCCAAAUUCUGGUAUAAACCAGAAAUCUCCAGAGACCAAGCGAUCAACAUGCUGAAAGAUCAAGAGCCUGGAGCCUUUGUCAUACGGGACAGUCAUUCAUUCAGAGGGGCCUACGGCUUGGCCAUGAAAGUUGCCUCACCACCUCCGACCGUACAACCUACAAAGAAAGCUGGAGAUGUCGCUAAUGAGCUGGUGAGACAUUUCCUGAUUGAGACGGGUCCAAAAGGAGUGAGACUGAAGGGCUGCUCUAAUGAGCUGUACUUUGGCUGCCUGUCUGCACUGGUCUACCAGCACUCCAUGACUCCACUGGCUCUGCCCUGCAAACUAGUCAUACCAACAAGAGAUCCUCUAGAGGAGUCACCUGAGAUCGCAACACCAACUAACCCAGCGGCAGAUACACUCAAACAGGGUGCAGGGCAGAAGAGUUCAUCUGACUCCCAUGCAUGCAAUGUGCUGUACAUAAACUCUGUGGAUAUGGAGUCUCUGACUGGGCCUCAGGCUAUCGCCAAGGCCAUCUCAGAAACCAUGGCAGCCAGUCCCGCACCUUCAGCCACCAUUGUUCACUUCAAGGUGUCAGCACAGGGCAUCACGCUCACUGAUAACCAGAGAAAGCUUUUUUUCAGACGUCAUUAUCCCAUCAGUACGGUCACGUUCUGCAACAUUGAUCCACAGGAGAGGACGUGGAGCAGAUCAGAGGGUGGCACUGCAAAGUUCUUUGGCUUUGUGGCCAGAAAGCAAGGCAGCACGACAGACAACGUCAGCCACCUGUUCGCCGAGAUGGAUCCCGAUCAACCGGCCACAGCCAUCGUCAACUUCGUCUCUAAAGUGAUGAUCAACUCUCAGAAGCGGUGAACUCCUCACGCAGCGCUGCUUUCUGGAGGACUUUCAUUUUGCUCUGUUUGAAUUCUUUUUAAGUUUCUGUUUUUCAUCCUGUAUGUUUGGGUGAGAGGCUGUGUGUACGUGCGGUUGUGUAUGUGUGAGGAAGGGUUAUUCGGAUGGCAGUGAGGAAGAGGGACAGAGGAAGUGCAGUGUGGGCGUAGAGGAGUGAAGUACAGAGGGGAGGUGAUCUUCAUCUCAAUCGGAGGGGACGUGGAAAUGAUGUUGGUGAUUUUUUUUUGUAAGAAAAAUGGAGAAGAAAAAGUAAAAAAAAAAGUUGAUGAAGAGUCUGAAAUGUGGGGUUGGUGUACCAAAGAUUAGAGAGCAGUCAGGACAAACCAAUUAUUAAUCAAGCAUCCUUGUAUAUCUUGUUAAACCACGGCUGCUUCGUCAAAACUGUACAUAUGAACUGAAGCAUCACCUCUUUUCCUUCUGAAAGCGGCUCCUUUUUCUCACACUACAAGUGCAAGACCUUUUCAUACGUCAGCUAAAAGGGAUUUUAAAGGUCUCUUACAUAUAACAGCAGAAGCUACAGUAGCAGAAGCUAAAGUAAGAAUGGGUUAGAUCAGUGGUUCCAAAACUCUGGUCCUGGAGGCACCCCGUCACUGUACAUUUUGCAAUAUCUUCUAUCUCUGACACACAAAUUUUGCAAAACGUGCAGUGUUGGGGUGCCCUCCUGGACCAGUGUUGGGAACCACGGAGUUAGAUAUACCCAUCCUCAAAGAUGCUUUUUGUUUCACAGACUCCGUUCACCUAUAGUCCAUGAAUAUCCAGCAGAUUUCCAGAUGUCUGGGGGAAGUGCAAUAGAAUGGCAUUUGAAGGCAGACUGACUGAUAUAUAUAUAUAUAUAUACACACACACAUGCGUACAUACUGUAUUGUGUGAAAAGUUAUAAUUGUCUGUGCAUUUAUCUGUUUGCAUGAUGUCAUGCAUUUCAAGUCACAUUUAGUUUAAAGUGCUUCAUACAAUACAGAUUUAAAUCAACUUAAAAAAUAAACAGGAAAAUUUGCUAAAUUUAUCAAUUAUGGAACUACUUCCAUUUCAGCUUGUAAAGCAGCUUUACAAACACAAUUUUUCAAACGGUGUGAUUAUUCAUCUUAGCUUAAUUCAGUGUUGAUUCAUUUACUUUUAAGUCUCAGUGUUGGAAAGUUAAUGAUUUUUAAAAUGAAGACAAUAAUCUCCUUAUCCAGCUUUUCAUCGGAUAGUGUCAGUGCAGUCGAAUACUGUAGAUAAUAGUUUCUGAAUAUUAAUUAUUUUCAAGUGAGCAAGCCAAAGGUGACAGUGGCAAGGAACCAAAACUCCAUCAUGAACCAAAAUGUAGCAUUCAGCUCUUUCCACUUGGGUGUUCGGGAAAUGUCUCUGAAACCACAGAAAUGGAUGGACAUCCGAAUGCUGUUCUAUUGCACUUUUCAAACAGGUAGUUGUAAACUUUGAGCUGAACUGAACACAAAAUAACACUGAUUUCUCAAGAUCUUUUAUGCACGUGUCCAGCAUCAACUUAGAGUUCCUGGUCUCCACUUGCUAGGGUCCAUGAGCUGCUGCUGUGCUCUCUUCUCAUCAGGUCGGAGUGUGUGUCCUUGUGUAUCUGGCAAUAAGGUGUGGAUCUGUCACUGUAUCUCUAUGCCUUGCUUCAAACACACUCACACUAGCAUUCUACCCCAAAGUAAGCUAAGUAUAUGUAUAAAAUACAACAAAAGGUGAUUUAACUGAAUAUUUAUUGUAUUAUUAUGGGUUUGCUACCUUAUUUUUUGCUUCACGUUAACUCUUUUACCUAUAGAUAUAUUGUAUAGUCUACACUAAGAUUAGCCUCCACAAGAAAUAAUCUUUAUUUUGGCUAAUAUUUCAAAAUCAAAGAAGCAUUCUAUGAUAUAUGGUGUAAAGUUUAUGUAUUUGGAAAGCUUGUCAUUAUUGGAUAUUCUCCCACGUCGUUUUUAUUUAGCUUUAUAUCGAUAUAUACUUUAAAGUAGAACUCACUGUCGCUUUUGCAUACGUAAGGAUUGCAUCCUAAAGUUCCUUUGGAUAAAGUGAGUUGGCUGAUAUGUUUACUGCAAGAGGCUCUGUGUAAAGAAAAGCAAGGAAGCGUCUUUAUUUUUGUACUGUUGUUAUUAUUUUGGCGCCCUUUCCCUCCCAGUGUUCAGCCCUCAGUGAAAGCCACUGUUUGGCCGCUCGCAGUGAUUCUCUCAGGCAGCAUUCAGUAUUUUGUUUCAUACUGCCAUCAUGAGGCACUGUCAGGUAUUGCCAGCCAUAUCAUCAUCUAUGCAUCCUCUAUAACUUCCCUUAUAUACACAGACCCGUUCUGAAUCCUCAUUAAAUUUAGAUUAAAAGUAAUACUGCAGUGUUUUAACUGUGAUGUGCAGAGAAAGUCCCUAGCAAUUCUUAACUUUAAGCAGGAUGACAACUGCCCCAUGUCUCCCUAAUUAGGGUGUCUUGCUUUCUUUUUUUGUUUGUAAAUACUUUUGCCAAAGAUUUUAUUUCACUUUUGUACGCCUUAGUUUGAGGAUUGAUCACUGUCUGGUCGUGUGCGAACGACGGCUUGUUGUUGUUGGCAUGGGGGUCUGUUUUGACUUGAUGCACGUGUAUAUGACGUGUUCCACUGUGUUUGGUUGCCAUGAUUCCCUUGUGUUUAGCCUUACAGAACUGCUCCAAAAGAAUGCCAAGCACUUAAUAUUCAAGAGCUGGAAAACAGCAAAAUAUCAAAUAAUAUGACGGCUUCAGUUAUCCUAACAGCAACACCAUGUUAACACUGGACGCAUCCAGCAGCGUGAGGUCAUCUACACUGGACGCUUGAGGCUAUACUUCUACAAUCAAAAUACAAUCUGUGGAAAAUUCAUUUUAAAACUGACUUUGCUUGGGUUGUUUUAAAAUAGCGACUUUCUCCAUUUCCCUAGGAGGCCCAUUCUUAUGUAAGACGUUUAAAUUAACAAUUUACAUUUACACAUUUUGUGCAAUCAAUUCAUGAAUGUGGUGUAUUUUUGCAUUGCAACAAUUGAGUACACGUGGUUAAAUGGUUUAACUUAGUAGGGCAAAGACCAUUCCACAAUCUGACUUUGAUUUAGUAAAGUUAUUUAAAUACAUUAAUAAAUUCAUAUGUAUGAAAUUUGCAAUAACAUGACUUGAUUUUUUGAUUGAAGUGUAUAAUUAAGUCACUAGAAAGUGUAGCAAGCUGAGUUAAUUCAAAUGUUUCAUCUACAUUUGUGGUGCUGGAUGUGUCUGCUGUAAACAUGGUGAAAGAGUGAUUGUGCACACUAGAAUAUAUAUUUACUUGCUUUGCUUGCAUUUCUGGAUAUUCCAUUCGGUGCACAGGCCUAGAUUAACACAAACAGUGUUAUCCAAACAGUCAUUUCCAAACCACAGAAUUUACGAGGUAUUUGCAUUUACCUGAAAAUAUUUAGGUAGAUCUUCCAACUAAAAUCAGCUCCUCACUCCAUGUAUUAGUCAGCAGUGUUGUAUUAUUAUAUUUGUUAUGUUCACUUGUUAACAGAUGCAGAAUGUGUGAAUGAGCUACUAUUGCUGUACAGAACCGAGUCGUUUUAUUUGCUUCAUGUUUUACAGCCUCCAUUGUAUUGUUUUGGCAGAAAAAUUAAAAAUACAUUAAAGAGCACUAUUGCUAGAAAAA